AGAAUUUUGAAAAUUGAGACAUAUACGGAUCACCUCCAAACUCUGUAAUCAGUAAAGGAACAACAAAAACAAAUCAAAAUUUUCCUUUUUCUAAUUCACUUUCUGAACCAAAAAUUAAAAAAAUAGUAAAAAAGAGAAGAGAGAAAUGAGCAAUGCAGAACCAGAACUUCUCACCAUCAAUCCUCUUGAGCUCAAAUUCCCAUUUGAGCUGAAGAAGCAGAUUUCUUGUUCCCUUCAAUUGUCAAAUAAAACUGAAAAUCAUGUUGCUUUCAAGGUUAAAACAACGAAUCCCAAGAAGUAUUGUGUUCGUCCAAACACAGGCAUUGUUUUGCCUCGAUCCACUUGUGAUGUCAUCGUAACAAUGCAAGCACAGAAAGAGGCCCCUGCUGACAUGCAAUGCAAGGAUAAGUUUUUACUCCAGAGUGUGGUCGCAAGUGCUGUUACCAAUCCAAAAGACAUCACCCAAGAAAUGUUCAAUAAGGAGCCUGGACGCAUUGUAGAAGAGUGCAAAUUGAGAGUGAUUUAUCUUCCCCCACCACAACCACCAUCGCCCGUGGCAGAAGGAUCAGAAGAAGGUUCUUCACCAAGACAGUCCUUGACAGAGAAUGACCAACAAAAUGGUUCUGAGCUUACACGAACAUUCCUUGAAACUCAUGACAAAUCUUCAGAGGCAAAGUCAGUCAUUUACAGAUUGACAGAGGAGAAAGCUGGUGCUCUACAUCAGAGCAACAGACUUCGUCAAGAAUUGGAAUUUCUGAGGCGCGAUAUCAGCAAAAGUCGCAGCGGUGGCGUUUCCUUCAUGUUUGUCAUCAUUGUUGGCUUGUUGGGUGUAACUUUGGGCUACAUUCUCAAAAGUUAAUGAGCAGUCAAUGAGAUUUUCAAUUAAAUUGUUUGUUUCUCAAUCUCAGAGAAGCAUUGAGGAGAAAAAAGAGAGACUGGCCAAUGAUUGAAACAAUAGUGAUUUUGUCUUAGUUUAGCUGCACUCUUUAGUAGGAUAAGGUUGUCUAGCUGGUCUUUGAUUUGCCUGAAAUCUCUCUGUUAACUCACCAAGGAUUAUUGAUGAUUAUUCUAGCUUGAAAAGAUGUCCUAUGAACUUUUGUAUCUACUAGAUAAAGUAGUCUAAUCUUCUUCUCUUGUUGUGAAGAUCAGGGAGGAAUAUGCACCACAUGGCAUUUUUUGAGGCCACCUUUUAAAUUAUCUCCUUCGGGCUA